AUGGAGAAUAGCACAGAAGUGACAGAGUUUAUCCUCUUGGGAUUAACAGAUGACCACAAUCUUCAGAUACUCCUUUUUUUUUUUUAAUUUUUAUCAUUUUUAUUCAUCUACCUCAUCACCCUGCUUGGGAAUGGGGGAAUGAUGGUGAUCAUCCACUCAGACUCCCAUCUCCACACUCCAAUGUACUUUUUCCUCAGUAACCUCUCCUUUGUAGACUUGGGUUACUCACCAGCUGUAGCCCCCUAAACAGUGGCUGCAUUGCAGUCAGGGGACAAGGCCAUCUCCUACAAUGGAUGUGCAGCUCAGUUCUUCUUCUUUGUGGGGUUUGCCACUGUUGAGUGCUACCUCCUGGCCUCCAUGGCCUAUGACCGCCAUGCCCCGGUAUGUAGGCCUCUUCAUUACACCACCACCAUGACAGCAAGUGUAUGUGCCCUCCUUGCUACUGGUUCCUAUGUCUCUGGCUUCCUCAAUGCCUCUAUCCACGCCGCAGGCACCUUCAGACUCUCCUUCUGUGGUUCUAAUGAGAUUAAUCAUUUCUUCUGUAACAUUCCCCCACUCCUGGCUCUCUCAUGCUCUGACACACGCAUCAGCAAGUUGGUGGUCUUCUUUGUGGUGGGCUUCAACGUCUUUUUCACCCUCCUGGUCAUCCUUAUUUCUUACUUCUUCAUAUGCAUCACCAUUCAAAGGAUGUGUUCUGCUGAAGGGCGGAAGAAAGUCUUCUCCACCUGUGCUUCCCAUCUCACUGCUGUGUCCAUCUUCUAUGGCACAAUCAUCUUCAUGUACUUACAGCCCAACUCCAGCCAGUCCGUGGACACAGACAAAAUAGCCUCUGUGUUUUACACAGUGGUGAUUCCCAUGCUGAAUCCCUUGAUCUACAGCCUUAGGAACAAAGAAGUGAAAAGUGCUCUCUGGAAAAUACUCAACAAACUUUACCCCCAAUAUUAA